AUGUCAGAAGGAGGUGUUUCUACUCAGCAAGUUCUGACGUCCCUUAUUGCAAAUGGUGUCAUUUUCGGUGCCUUUCUUUCAGUUUUCCUGCUGCUCAGAUUGAAAUUGAAGAGAAAUUAUGAGCCUAAAUCUACUUAUGAUCUGAUUAGCGAUGAGAAGAAACCUGAACCUUUGCCACCAGGGCUGUGGCAGUGGUUUCUUCCGUUGUUAAAAAAAUCUGAUAAUUUUCUCAUUCAGCAAGCGGGCUUAGAUGGCUAUUUUUUUUUACGUUAUUUGUUUUUGAUAUGCGCUUACUGUUCGAUUUCAGCUCUUUAUAUUUUUCCAAUUUUAUUUGCAGUCAAUGCAACCAAUGAAAAUGGUCAAAACGGUCUGGAUGUGCUGGGCUUCCAGAACGUCAAUCGUCCCGGACGUUACUAUGCUCACGUAUUCUGCGGGUGGGUAUUCUUUUGGAUGUUCAUGUUUGUGGUUUAUCGUGAACUGUAUUUUUACAAUUCCUUGAGACAGGCGGUUCUAUCGUCGCCACGUUACGCCAGUAAAAUAUCAUCAAAAACAGUGCUUUUCCAAACAGUUCCCCAGCAAUAUCUUAGCGAAAGCGAGUUCUCGAAAUUGUUUGAUGGUGUUAAAAGGGUAUGGAUUGCAAGAGGAGGUCAUCAUGAACUUGAAAAAAAGAUUGCACAAAGAGAUGAUCUCGUCAACAAGUUGGAAAACGCGCUUAAUUCGUAUAUAAAGAAGGCUAUUAAACAAGUUGGAAAAUUGAAGAAAAAGAAUCCAGAAAUUUCGAUCUCUUCUGAUAUCACACAAUAUGUGCCUGAAAAGGACAGACCAACUCAUAAAAAAAAACCAAUUAUUGGUCAAAAAUAUGAUACUAUAAAAUAUGCUACAGAAAAUAUUCCACUUUUGAACAGAGAAAUUGAGACAAUGCAAGCUGAUAGCAUUAAUGCGGAUCCAUUCAAUUCAGUAUUCGUUGAAUUUGAGUCACAAUAUCAAGCACAAGUGGCUUCUCAGGUUGCCACUUAUCAUGUUCCGUUGGCCUUAGCACCAGCAUAUAUCGGUAUUGAGCCGGAUCAAGUAGUUUGGCUUAACAUGAGAAUGUUUUGGUGGGAAAGAAUCGCAAGAAAUUUAGGUGGGAUUGCCAUUAUUAUUGCAUUAUUAUGCUUCUGGUCUAUUCCUGUGGCAUUCAUAGGUAUGAUUUCGAACGUUAACUACUUAAUUGAUCAACUUCACUGGCUAGAAUUUUUAAGAAAACUACCAGAAGAUCUUUUUGGUUUAUUAACAUCUUUGGCUCCAACUGUAGCGCUAGCCUGGUUGAUGUCGUUCUUACCAACUUUCAUUAGAAUGGUGGCAAAAUUUUAUGGUUGUGCAUCGUUGCAACUUGUUGAGUAUUUUGCUCAACAAUCAUAUUUUGGUUUUCAAGUUAUUCAAGUUUUUUUAAUCACUACGCUUUCAUCAUCCGUUACAUCAACUGCUGUUCAAAUUGCGCAAACCCCUACAAAUGCAAUGGGUUUGUUGGCGGGAAAUUUACCAAAAUCUUCAAACUUUUUCAUCUCAUAUAUAAUAUUGACUGGUAUGUCAAUAUCAUCAGGUACUUUGGCUCAGAUUAUUCCAGUGUUCUUCUAUUACGUAUUUGGAUAUUUGUUUGACAAUACACCAAGAAAGAAAUACAGUCGCUUCACGGAUUUGGACGCACCGAGUUGGGGUACCACUUUUCCAGUUUAUACGAAUCUGGCAGUCAUUAUCUUUGCUUAUUCCGUCAUAUCACCAAUAAUUUUAUUAUUCGGUGCUGCUGGUUUCUUUUUAUUAUAUGUUGCGUAUCUUUACACCCUGAUGUACGUUCAAAAAGAGGCACCCGAUCUAAGAGGUAUCUGUUAUCCAAGAGCCCUAUUUCAAACUCUUGUAGGUGUUUAUUUGGGUCAGGUUUGUUUACUUGGUCUGUUUUCUGUGGGAAAAGGUUGGGGUCCUAUAGUAUUGCAAGUUGUUGGAAUAAUUGUAACUGUUUUACUUCAUUUGAAGUUGAAUGAUGCAUUCGAUAGUCUCAUGCAUUAUGUCCCCGUGGAUACCAUGAAGCCCCUUGACGGUAAGUCAGAUACGCCGUCAUUCAAAAAUAUUUAUCGCGAAGAAUCUAGCGAAGAUGAAAUAAAAGAACUUCCCAGAUUCUCAAUUAGAAAAUACGAACCACGUAAUUCAAUGGCUCAAACAGAUAAAAUGUCUAGUUUGAUCAGUGACAGAACAAUUGAAAUCGCAAGCAAUACAAAAUACAAUGAAAAAUCAGAGAAUCACAUUACUUGGGUUCCUUUGUUGGCCGAUGGGCCUUCAGGUACAAUUCCUCACGCGCCAUUCUAUAAGAGGUUCUUCUUGCCACACAUUUAUUACUCUUAUAAAGCUGUGAAAGCAAAAUUACCAGAAAUAUAUGGCUUGGCAGAUCCUGAUUUAAAUACUUCUGAGGAGGACUUAGCUUCAGCGUAUAACUAUCCGGCAAUAAAUGCCAAAUGCCCCUCGGUGUGGAUUCCAAGGGAUCCCUACGGCUUCUCCUUGCAUCAGGUGGAUGAACUGAACACCGUUGUAGACAUAUCGGAUGUGAAUGCAACAAUCGACGGAAAUGGCAACAUUUGGUGGAAAGCCGGUCCACCAUCUGCAGAAAGUAUUUACGAUGAUGAUCCAUUUUCAGAUGAAAAUGUUACUCCCCUCUAG